AUGUCUCGCAUCCAACGCUCUCAAAUCCCACGAGAUAUUCAACGAGCGCUCAUUGCCAACUCAGUAUUGGCACACCGCACUCAGUCAGAGGGAGGGACGCACCAUCCAGCUCGCUUCGACACCGAUUCACUGCCAAUCGGCAUCGACAACCGCUGCUCCUUCUGCAUCUCCGACAAGGAAUACCACUUCGAAGAUCUGCGAAAAACACAGCACGUCAUCAAGGGUUUUGGAAAUCGAAAGACCAUUGAUGUCAUGGCUGGAACACUGGUUUGGAAAUGGUUAGAUGAUGACGGAAAGGAACACACAUUCCGAAUCCCAAAUUCAUUCUACGUACCUUCAGGCAAGAUGAGAUUGCUGAGCCCGCAGCAUAUCUCCCAAGUUCUCAAGAAACGAGGCCUUGGACAGUUCUUUGAAACAACAGAAGGCAAGCGCUGUACACUGCAAUGGGGAGACAAGUGUCAGUAUCGAAAAACCAUUGCAGUUGACCCAAAAACAAAUGUUUUUACCUUCAAUUUGGCACCAGGAUAUGACAACUUCUACGCCUAUUGUGCCCAAUGUGCCGAAGCCAACCAGGACGACGACCUCUUUGAAGAGGACCUUGAAGCACCUACAGCAAUGGAGGCAACGAUGGUCAGUGAUGACGAGCAUGACAAUGACAAAAUCACGACACCAACUUCCCAUCGAGAGGGAGAAUCUGAACCAUCGGAAGAUGAUCCCAAACCUCCAAUGCGUGAAACACCAAUGACUUUCGACCUUGAUAUGGACAAGAGCAAAUGUUCAGCACCAAUACACAUUGAGGACAAUGAGGAGGACACUCAAAAACAAAAUCAUGCAGCUGAGUUCCUCAAGUACCACCACAAGUUCAAUCACUGUUCACCAGCCAAGAUCCAAGCAAUGGCAAAGAAAGGUGAGCUCCCAAAAUACUUGGCAACAUGCGACGUACCUGUAUGCAGUGCUUGCCAAUUUGGAAAGGCAACUAGAAGGCCGUGGCGCACCAAGAACAAGAAGAAUGGUCGCAAAGCAAAAACUGCAACAAGACCAGAACAAGUGGUUAGUGUUGACAUGAUGGAAGCAGGAGUACCAGGUUUGAUCCCACAAACAUCUGGAUUUCUUACCAAAGAAAGGUACAGAGUUGCAACCGUUUAUGUUGACCAAUACUCCAACUUCAGCUAUGUGCACUUCCAGAAGAGCACAACCGUUGACGAGACACUGGUAGGCAAGGAAGCAUUUGAGCGACUUGCUGCAACCUACGGGAUCCAAGUCCAACACUACCAUGCAGACAACGGAACGUUUGCCGCCAAGGGGUGGAUUGAUGCGUGUUACCAGAAGAAGCAGUCCAUAAGCUUUGCAGGGGUCAAUGCACAUCAUCAGAACGGAAGAACUGAAGCAAGGAUCAAGCAUAUCCACGACAUGGCACGUACCUCGUUGAUUCAUGCGACAAAGAGAUGGCCCGAGGCGAUCAAUGCUCAUCUAUGGCCCUUUGCAGUCCGCAUGGCAAAUCUCUUGAUCAAUGCAACACCAUGGUUAGCAGAUCUGAAGAAGCGCUCCCCAGAAGAGAUGUUUUCAGGUUCCAAAGUGGAUAAUAAUCCAAAGCAUUGGCACCACUUUGGAUGCCCUGUGUUUGUCUUGGACAAGAAUAUGCAGCAAGGCAGAAGACCUGCAGGAGGCAAAUGGAUGCCAAGGACCCAGGUCGGCAUUUAUUUGGGUCCAUCACCGCAACACUCAAGAAGUAUUGCACUGGUUCUCAACCUCACGACAGGAAGAGUAGGACCAGAAUUCCAUGUAUACAUGGACUCCAAAUUCCACUCCGUGAAAAACUCCACCCGCCAAGAGAGACCCGAAGUCAAAUGGAUGGAAGCGGCCUACUUCGUGGAUGGACAGAAGAAGGGUGAGAAAAGAGGAGGAACUGAUCGCAAUGGUCAGAGGGAGGCAGCCCAGGCUGACACUCCAACGGUUCCACCGCAAGUCGGAUUCAACUUACCUAUUGAAGAAACAAGGAACCGGUCGA